CCCUUGUCCUCCUUAUGCAAGAAAGGAAAUUGCGACUCAAAUACACAGCCACAGAAAAUGUUAAUAUUUUUAUGUCUUAAGGUUGAACUUCCUAAAAUACAGAUGAAGUGUUCAACCCUCAAGAUUCAUUUUCCUUGAAUCUUACCAACAAAACGCUCCUGGACUCAGAAAUUGAGGAGAGAAGGAGAGAGAGAGAGAGAGAGAGAGAGAGAGGAAGAGAGACAGAGAGAAAGAAUGAAUUCAUCCAAAUCAUCUGCAUCACAAUGCACAGAGAAAGAGUGCUUCUCUUCCCAAGUGUUCUUAUGGACUGUUGCUGGGGUCUCCAUGCUACUACUCAGUGCUUGUUUUAUCACCAAAUGUGUUGUGACAUAUCACAUCUUUCAAAUCUGUGGUGAGAAAAAGUUCCAGCCACAGGAGGAUUUCAUGGAGCUCUCCUGCCGUAAUGAAGGACCAAGUUCCGUCAAGAAUUGCUGUCCGUUGAAUUGGGUACAUUUUCAAUCUAGCUGCUACUUCUUUUCUAGUAACACCAUGACCUGGACAGCAAGUUUAAAAAACUGCUCAUACAUGGGAGCCCAUCUGGUGGUUAUCAACACCCAGCAGGAGCAGGAAUUCCUUUUCCAUGCAAAACCUAGAGAGAAAGAGUUUUAUAUUGGACUGACAGACCAGGUGACAGAAGGUGAUUGGCAAUGGGUUGAUGGCACACCUUUAACAAAGUCUCUGAGCUUCUGGGAUAUAGGGGAGCCCAACAACUUAGCUACAGUGGAGGACUGUGUCACCAUAAGAGACUCUUCAAACCCAAGGCAAAACUGGAAUGAUGUGGCCUGUCUCUUCCGUCAUUUUCGGAUUUGCGAAAUGCCGGAAAUAAAUACUUGAACAAAGAAAAACCUCUAAGAACAGAAAGCACAACUUAAAUGUAUAAAUGAGGAGGAACAAGGGAUGAACACAGCCUCAACUCCAACAUGAUAAAAGUGUCCACUGCACUUCAUAAGGGCUUCAAAAGUGUUUGUUACUUUGAUAGAAAUAAAAAUAGUAGCUUUGAAUGUUAUAAUUCAUUAUACUAACUGAAGUGCAUUUUUCUCUAUAUUAGUCUCAGGACUUCUUCUCAGAAUUUACUAGGAAAUUCUCUAGAAAAUGCUAGAAGAAAAAAUGCUCUUUUUGGUACGUUUGCUUCAUUUCUGAGUAUUUAUAUGAAAAUACAGGGACAUAGAACAAGUACAGAGUCCGACAAAGAAGAAGAUUUUGGAGAAUGCCUUUGAACAAUUGCCUGAAUUCAGGUUCUGUGUCAAUGCGUCUUCUUUCUAGUUCCUGAAAAAUCUGUCUUCUUUUCUUGAUUUCACACUGUUUUUAUCCCCUGCCCAAGCAUAUAUCCUACGUUCUUCUGUGUAAUGAGUAAGAAACUUCCUCAAGCAAUGAAACUUAUUUCUGCUUGAAAGACUAGUGUGGAUUUUCUUGCCAAAGGCCUUUAUUGCACCUUCUUAGGGAAAGGCCAUGCUAACUUUCAGCUCCAAACAGACUGUCAUCCAGUCCACUCAACCCAGAAACUCCCUUUUCUCUCUAGUCUCUACCUUUGACUAACUGGAUCUCACCUGAAUGUGUAUCUAUUGCUCUGCUAGAUCCAGAGUCCAAUAGUCAAAUUAUUCUAAGGAAUAUUCAGCUUGACGCGUUCCUGUCUCAAGCCUAUUCAUUUAUUGUGUAAUAUUCUAUCAAGACUGAUAAGAUUAGCCAACAUAUGCAAAUAAUAUGGCAGCUUUGAUAACCAUGUUUCUUGCAGACAGCACCAUAAAGAGACUCAAAAUUCAUACCUUGGAUUUAAUGUGUAAUCACUGAAUGGGAAAAUUCAAAAAAACAAGUAAAUAUAUUAGCAUUCCUGACAAAUGUUGAUUUCCCUUAGACAUAGAGACAAUCUGUGGUUUUGAAGUCAAUAUAUCUUUAAAACAAAAGUCGUUCAACCUAAAAGUAAUCCAAUAAAUAUAUCUUUAACUUUCUAACUCCUUUUUUUCAAAUCAUCGGCAUCAAUGAAGAAACACUGAAAGAUAUAAAGAUUUUUUUGUUCAUCAUUGUUUGCCUGCAGGUGGCUAUAGUUUGAUUAAGUUUUAUUUCAAUAUUAAAAGACCUGAAAAUAUUAAUGCAUAUUAUUUCACCAUAUAUUUAUCAUUUAAGUUAUACAAUUGACUUGGUCUUCAAAGUUUGGCAAGAAAAGAAACAGUUGCUAAGAGUUUAGUGGUUAGAGUAAAGAUCACUGGAACCUAAAUUAUUUAUCUGGAAAAUUGUUGUUUAAGAAGUAAAUUAUCAGUUGAAACUGUUUUAAAAUAUAAUUUUUUUAACACUUUGUCUGUAGAUUCCCUUACAUUUUCUAUGUAGAGAAUUAUAUUGUCUGUAUACUGAGCUAUCCAGUACCAUAGCUACUGCACAUUAAACUCUAGUCUUAGUUGAAAUAUGCUGGGAACCGUAAAAUAAAUACACACCAGAUUUUCGAGGACUUUAUUUGGAAAAAAAAAAGUGAAAUAUGUCACUAAUAAUUUUAUAUUGAUUACAUGUUAAAGUGGUAAUAUUUUUGAUAUAUUGGUUUAAAUAAAAUAAAUUAUUACAAUAAUAAUUUAUUUUUACUUUUUUGAUGUAGCUACUGGAAAAUUUAAGCAUAUUUAGUUCAUAUUUGUUACUUGCAUUUUAUUUCUUUUGGAAAAUUCUGGUCUGCAAAUAAUGAUAGUUGUGUUUUUUCCCUUUCCAGUUUUUCUGAUCCUACUAAGCUAGCUAAUACUACCAAUAUAUCGUUACACAGAAGCUGCAUUAGUGGGCAUCCUUGUUUUGUUCUUGACUUUAAAGGAAAUGCUUCUGAUGGUUUACUAUGAAGUAUAAUGCUUGCUAUAGGUUUGGAGUAGACCCUCUGUAGAAAAUUCCUAUUUCUUAUUUGGGAAAUGUCUUACACUAAAUGGUUUACUGAUUUUAUUAAACAAUGUUUAAGCAACUCUUUUUAAA